AUGACAUUACAAGAUCAUCUUAAUGAUAAAUCCAAUAUCAUAUUAUUUACUACUAGAUUAACCAAAGAAUUAAUAGAAUUUUGGAAUGAUGAUUAUAAUUUUGAAUGUUGUUUAAGAUUAUUAAAUGAUUUAUCCCUUCAACUGAAAAUAUCCUCUUCCACCAAAAUCACCAAUAAACAAAGAUUUAAACAAUUAUUAUCAAAUUUAUUUAUUAGAUAUAUAUUUAAUUCAAUAUUAUUUGAAUCAGAAUCAACUGAUUUAAAUUUAUUUAAUAAAAUAGAAUUUGAUUAUAAUGAAUAUGGUAAACCCAUAUUAUCAUCAUCAUCAUUAUUAUCAUCAUCAUCAUUGUUAAAUAAUUUCCAAUUCAAUAUUAGUAAUUCUAAUGAUAUAAUUGCUUUAGUUAUAGAAUUUUCAUCAAUUGAUCCUAUUGGUAUUGAUUUAUCUCAUUCAAUUCAAAAAAAUAUAUCAAAUACCAAAUAUCUUGAACAAUUUAAACCAAUUUUUGAUGAUAUUUAUGAAUUACCUCAAAUUAAUAAUUAUUUUAAAUUUAAUCAUUUUUGGACAUUAAAAGAAUCAUUUACAAAAUUUAUUGGUAGUGGAUUAAAUAUUGAAUUAUCUGAUUUUUAUUUCAUAGUUGAUUAUAAUAAUAAUAAUAAUAAUGAUGAAUUUUCUAAUAAUAAUAGAAAUUUUCAAAUAAAAAAAAGAAAUAUAACAAUUGAUAAUCAAGAAGAAGAAGAAGAAGAAGGAAAAGAUCAUAAUUUUAUAAAUUAUUCAUUGAAUUGGUUUGAUAAAAUUUUUAUUAAUAUAGAUAAACUUGGUCAAAAAAAUCCAUUUAUUAAUAAUUUAAAUAAAAAAAAAAAAAUUUAUUGUCGUAGUUCAAUUCUUGAUAAUGGAAAUGAAUUUAAAUUACCAGUUAUUAUAACUAUAAUUAAUCAAAAUAAAAAUAAAUCAAUUAAACCAAUAGAAUUAAGAUUUGAUAAGAUAUUAUCGGAAUAUUUAAAUCAAUAA